UUAGUCUUCUCAAAUUCGAGAGAGAGAGAGAGAGAGGAGAGAGAUGGGAAGGAUAUUUGUAGUUGAUUUGGAAGGAAAAACCUACAAUUGCAAAUUCUGCAAAACCCAGCCAGCUAGCACAGCCUCAUCAACUUGUUUCCCGGUCAUUUCAGUGCCAAAGGGGGAAGGUUAUCUCUUUAAUACAGUAGUGAAUGUGACAUCUGGUCCUCCUGAGGAGAGGAUGAUGAUUUCUGGUAUGCACACGGUAUCAGAUGUAUUUUGCUGCUCUUGUGGGCACUUACUAGGCUGGAAAUAUUUGGUCGCACACGAGGAGAGCCAGAAAUAUAAACAAGGCAAAUUUGCUCUUGAGAGAGACGGAAUUAUAGAUGGAGCGGACUCUGAAUUCUACAUCGCCUUUCUAUGAGCAAAGACAAAGAACGUGUUGAUUUUUGGUUUUGGUUUUGGUUUGUCUGUUUGUCUGUUUGUUUGUACCACUUGUAGAUGAUGGUAGUAAUAAACAUUUUCUGAACGUGCCUCUACGUUGUCGAUGUCAAAAACUUCAGAACUAUUCCAACCAGCAAAUCAUCCAGA